CAUUGGCGGAGUGACCGAAGAAUCAACCGCAGGAACAUAGUCCAGACGUUUACAGGAUUUAUUGCGUUUGCGUUUAAUUCGGAUCGAACCGGAUCUCCUUUAAGAGUGGAUUUAACACUUUUAAGUCUCACUUUUUUGGGAGAAAAGAAGGCGGAUACGAACUUGGCCGCAGUCAUCUCCAUCAGCCCUGCUCUCGUAUCAUCAACCCUGUUCUGUUUAUUAUCACGGAAGAUGAAAAGCUUAAUAUUUGAAGUGCUUUGUUUUGUGUCCAUCCUCGUCUCCAUCCGCUGCACACCGGCACCGGACACCGAAACCCCGAGCAUCAGCCCGAGCUGCGCGUCCUGUGGGCUCAGCCAGACGGAUGGAGGCACUCUGGUGGAUGUGGAUUUGUUGGAGGCGGUGAAGAGACACAUUCUGAGCCGGUUACAGAUGCGGGACAGACCCAACAUCACCCACCCCAUCCCGAAGGCGGCGAUGGUGACCGCGCUCAAGAAGCUCCACGCCGGGAAGGUGCGUGAGGACGGGAGGGUGGAGAUCCCAAACCUGGAUGGACACGCCGCGUCCGUGAACGAGGUGGAGGAGGAGACUUCGGAGAUCAUCAGCUUCGCCGAGACAGACGAAUCGCUGACCUCCAAAACCAGCCUGUUUUUCGUGAUCUCCAACGAGGGCAACCAGAACCUGUAUGUGUCCCAAGCCAGCCUGUGGUUGUACUUCAAGCUUCUGCCUAACGUUUUGGAGAAAGGCUCGAGGAGGAAGGUCACGGUGAAGGUUUACUCGCAGGAACCAGGACUCGGGAGCAAGUGGAACUUGGUGGAGAAGCGCGUGGAUCUCAAACGCAGCGGAUGGCACACUUUUCCAUUGACGGACGCCGUGCAAAUGGUUUUUGCCAAAGGCAAUCGCCGGCAGAACCUGGAUGUACGGUGUGAAGUGUGCGAUAAGAUGGGCGUCAUGCCUGUUUUGGUGAACACGGCCGACGAAUCCCACCAUCCAUUCCUUGUGGUCCAAGCACGAGCGUCCGACAACAAACACCGCAUCCGCAAACGAGGCCUUGAAUGCGACGGCAGCAGCAGCUUGUGUUGCCGCCAACAGUUUUACAUCGAUUUCCGUCUCAUCGGCUGGAACGAUUGGAUCAUCGCCCCGUCAGGGUACUUUGGGAAUUAUUGCGAAGGGAAUUGUCCGGCGUACAUGGCCGGGGUUCCUGGAUCGGCUUCGUCUUUCCACACGGCCGUCGUGAACCAAUACCGCAUGCGAGGAAUGAGUCCGGGAUCCAUGAACUCCUGCUGCAUCCCAACCAAACUCAGCACCAUGUCCAUGCUGUACUUCGACGACGAAUACAACAUCGUGAAACGGGACGUGCCCAACAUGAUCAUCGAGGAGUGCGGCUGCGCUUGAGACUUCCAAAAUAUCAUAGUAAGAAACUAAUAUUUAUGACUCAUCCGUGCUCACAAAUCCACAUGCACGCCCCAUCUCUUCCACGCAUCUUUGUACAGAUAUUUAUGUUCUUUAAUCAUCGAGCAAUUUAGUUCCAGUCUACAGGUUUGUACGAUUCUGUCACGUCAAAGGGAUGGGAUUGCUUUUAUCUCUGUUUACACUUUUAAAAACAAAGCUUCUUUAUUGGCAUCAAUGG